UUCCAGUUAUCUGGUUGUCAGUGAACAGAAGGCAAGCAUUUGAGAUAUUUAGCUGCAUUCUUUUGGUUACUUUUUAUUGCUGGAAUUUGACCUGAUAAUGAUAUUCAUGGUAAAUCAGCCCUCAGUUCUAUCUUUAUCAGCAUCUAGAAUAGAUUUAUUCUUAGCUGGUCAGUUGGUUGCCAUUGUCUUUAUAAAAAUGAUGUAUAGUUUUGUAGAUGUCUCUACAGGUAACUGACACUGUGACAGUAUGUACAUUGAGGUGACCACUAGCCCUGAGCGUAAUUUCCCUCAUCCUCUUCAUUGCCAUCUUCUUGGAGCUGUCUUGAUGAUCCUGCCCCUCAGAAUCAUGAUCUAUAACCCUGAUACAUAUCUGUCUCACUGGUCUACCUUUCUCUUGCCCACUGGUUGUCAACAUCCUUGAUUACUUCUCCAUGCAUGGGAUGUCAGAAUACUAUGGUCAAUGUCUGUAGACUUUGUAUGUAGUAAAGGGGGAAUUACUUUCUGCAGUAGGGAUGGUAUUGUUCAAUCUGGUCUUCUGGAACUUUCUCCAUCCCUUCAUUCUUUGCCCUACCCUUUAUAUUCCAGUAAUUCUGUUGGUUACUGAGUAGAGGACAUGACAACGUGGAUGAUAGCGGCCAUGGUCUGUUUCAUGUUGCCUUCAAGUGGAACCCCAACCAGGGUUGGAGAUCUGCCACUUCCAUGCACUGUUGUUUAACAGAAUCAGACUCCAUGGUCUCCAUAUCUUUCACUGUGAAGUACUUCCAGAGGUAUUCUUUAUGGCCACCUGCUAUGCAAACAUACCUUCCUUGGUGUCAUUUCUGUUGAUGAAAACAUAUUUCUUUCUUGAACAAUGGGCUGUUUCCAAAGUCUGUAUUGUAUUGAUCUUGUCCCUGCUGCUGAAAUUCUGCUGCUAUGAUGCUGCCUACACUAAUACAUGCUGUGCUAUUACCCGUGUUGCCAGGUGUGGAGGGGAUGCUAGUCGGCUCUGGGGUCUGCCCCAGUGCUCAUGCUUGCAGUGAUAGUGAUAAUGAUAGUGACUGGGCUUGCAAUAUGGGAAAUACUCAGGAUCCUCUGGGGUCUGCUAUAAACUUCCGAUACCAUUGAAACUGAAGAAAUGCUGUUUUAAGCGAAGCUUUGUUAAGCAUAUUGCCAGCAUUCACUACCCUGCUUCUUUUAGUUGUCAUCUCACUUGUUUUAGGCAACAGUUUACUUCCUGAUUAUAUACUUCUCUGGUUGUGUUUCUUCUACUGUUUUGUGCAUUUGCUGAUAAAUUGCUUUCUUUCAUUAAUAUAUUAAUUCUAUUACCCUAACUAUUCUCAAGGAUCUUCUCUCUGCCUCUGCUCUUUUUCACUUAUAUUUCUAAGGCUUUAGCUAUUCUUGUCCUUCCUCUUUAUAGCUGAUACUUCCCAUCCUACGUUUGAACAUCCUGGUUAUUCUGAUGUUGGCAUCUUUCACUUCCAUAGACACUAGUAUAAUCUAGCCCUCCAUUUCUUUUCUGGAUUCUCAAAAUGCCUAGACUUGAACUUGUUAGUUUCUCCCUGCUAAAUUAUUUCCUCUACUAUUUACAGCUCUCCCGUAUCUACCAAUGACUUGAUUAUUUGUUCAGUGUUCCAGGCUAAAACACAUAGGGUCUUAGCUACUUCAUCUUUCCUGUUUGUUCUGUCUUUAAAUUGUGGUUCUUGGAUUUUUGUUUUGUUGUUUAUUAGCAAGGAAUCCCAACUCAAACUGCCCCCUUCAGAUUCAGUUUAUCUCUGUCUACUCUUAGCCAUCUCUGUUGUCUCCUUUUUAAUCAACUAUUAUCUUAAAUGUAGUUCCUUAUGGUUUCUUGGAUAUUAUCUGUAAAAUUGAAUUUGACAUUUCUUUUGCCACUUUAUUUAUUCUCCUCAGCUCCUUCCAUCUUUCUUCCCAAAUAAUAUGGCUAUAUAUUUGAAAACCAUUAGAAUUUUCUCAGGGCUUUAUUUUUUAGUAUAAUUAGAUUAUUCCCCCAAUAGCAGUUUAUUUUUUCUCUAUUCAGAUAACAAUGGAAUUUUCUUUUUCUAUUAGACCGGGAGACAAGACCUGAAAAUAAUGUAUCAGCCCCACAGCCUGACAUUUCUGAAGAAGAGCUAUCUCCAGAGGUAAUAGUGGAAAAACACAAAAGAGAUGAUGCUUGGAGCUCCAACGUGCUAGAAAGUUGGAAAUAUGAAGGCAGUUUAGAGAGGCAGCAGGUAAACCAGCAGACACUGCCAAAGGAAAUAAAAGUAACUGAAAAGACAAUACCCACUUGGGAAAAAGGUCCUGUAAAUAAUGAAUUUGGGAAGAGCAUCAAUGUGGUUUCAAACCUUAUAACACAAGAACCAUCUCCUGAACAGAUCUCUACUAAAAGAAGCAUCAAACAGAAUUCAAACCCAGUUAAAAAGGAGAAGUCUUGUAAGUGCAAUGAAUGUGGGAAAGCUUUUAGUUAUUGUUCAGCUCUUAUUCGUCAUCAGAGAACACAUACUGGAGAAAAACCCUACAAAUGUAAUGAAUGUGAAAAAGCCUUCAGCCGGAGUGAAAACCUUAUCAACCAUCAAAGAAUUCAUACUGGAGAUAAACCAUAUAAAUGUGAUCAGUGUGGAAAAGGCUUCAUUGAGGGUCCAUCUCUUACUCAACAUCAAAGAAUUCAUACUGGAGAAAAACCAUAUAAAUGUGAUGAAUGUGGGAAAGCCUUUAGUCAGAGGACCCAUCUUGUUCAGCAUCAGAGAAUUCAUACUGGUGAGAAGCCAUAUACUUGUAAUGAGUGUGGAAAAGCCUUUAGCCAGAGAGGCCACUUUAUGGAACAUCAAAAAAUUCAUACAGGAGAAAAGCCUUUUAAAUGUGAUGAAUGUGAUAAAACUUUCACCAGGAGCACACACCUCACUCAACAUCAAAAAAUUCAUACUGGAGAAAAAACCUAUAAAUGUAAUGAAUGUGGAAAGGCCUUUAAUGGGCCCUCAACUUUUAUCCGUCAUCAUAUGAUUCAUACUGGCGAAAAACCGUACGAAUGCAAUGAAUGUGGGAAAGCCUUCAGCCAGCACUCAAACCUUACCCAGCAUCAAAAAACACAUACUGGGGAGAAACCCUAUGAUUGUGCGGAAUGUGGAAAAUCUUUUAGUUACUGGUCAUCCCUUGCUCAACACCUGAAAAUUCAUACCGGAGAAAAACCUUACAAAUGCAAUGAAUGUGGAAAGGCCUUCAGUUACUGCUCAUCCCUUACUCAACAUCGGAGAAUUCACACAAGAGAAAAGCCCUUUGAAUGCAGUGAAUGUGGAAAGGCUUUCAGUUAUCUCUCAAACCUUAAUCAGCAUCAGAAAACUCAUACUCAAGAGAAAGCUUAUGAAUGUAAAGAAUGUGGGAAAGCUUUUAUUCGGAGUUCAUCUCUUGCUAAGCACGAAAGAAUUCAUACUGGAGAGAAACCCUAUCAGUGUCAUGAAUGCGGGAAAACCUUCAGUUAUGGCUCAUCCCUUAUUCAACAUAGGAAGAUCCAUACUGGAGAACGGCCUUACAAGUGUAAUGAAUGUGGGAGAGCAUUCAACCAGAACAUACACCUUACACAACAUAAGAGAAUUCAUACAGGAGCCAAGCCUUAUGAGUGUGCAGAGUGUGGUAAAGCCUUUCGACAUUGUUCAUCACUUGCUCAACAUCAAAAAACUCACACAGAAGAAAAACCCUACCAGUGUAAUAAAUGUGAAAAGACCUUUAGCCAGAGCUCCCAUCUAACUCAGCAUCAACGAAUUCACACUGGAGAGAAACCCUAUAAGUGCAAUGAAUGUGACAAAGCCUUUAGCCGGAGCACUCAUCUGACUGAACAUCAGAAUACUCAUACUGGAGAGAAACCUUAUAACUGUAAUGAAUGCAGGAAGACUUUUAGCCAGAGCACAUAUCUCAUUCAGCACCAGAGAAUUCAUUCAGGAGAGAAGCCUUUUGGAUGUAAUGAUUGUGGAAAAUCCUUCAGAUACCGUUCUGCUCUCAACAAACAUCAGAGACUGCACCCUGGCAUAUGACCAUUCUAGGAACAUCAUAAAUUUAGGAAAUAUAUUUACUUUAGUUUGUCCUUUUGUAAAGUACUGAAGAAUCACAGUGGAUUUAGAAACUACUUGAAAUCUUUUAAAUUUUCACUAUCAUGUUAUGGAAUGGAAGGUGCAUUGAGCUGAACUAAUCCAAUUGUUAUUAAGCCGCUUUGUGACAUUAGAAAACUCGACUGUUUUAAGCUUAGUUUCCUUUGUGGAAUGAAGGAUUUGGAUUAGAUUAUUUCAAAGGUAGUUUGGAGUUUUAUAAUCAGUUUUGUAUAUUUACAGUAUUUUCUUGAAUGGGUUUACUAUACAUCAGCAUUUUGCUGUGUUGCAUCUAGAAUGUGUAUGUUUAUGCAUGCUUUGCCAAUCAAAUUUGUGCUUUAGUAACUAGAUUGGGGAGCUAGUGCGCUCCUGCUCUAAUGUGUUUAAGUUGUUUAGGUAAAUGGUUCCUAAUAAAAAGAAUUAUAAAACACCCUCAGAUUAACAAUUCAGCUGCAUACAAUAGCCUAACUUAGUAAGAGUAUUAAAACUUACCAUUAUUCCUCU